AUGCAUAAAAGAAAGUGUGUAGGAUUACAGAGGAGACCAGUUAUUUGGAAACCUAGUUACCAAAUUAUUAAAAAACGAAGUUCACUCCCUCUUUUCCAGUCUAAUCAGAGAUUCUUUGGCUUUAAUAUGGAAGCUUCAGAAAAUGCCUCUUCUAAUAAGGUUAGCUAUGUUGUUAACAUAGUUCAAGAAAGACAUUUAAUGGAAUCUGAAGAAUCAGCAUCUCAUGUUCAACUUGCUUGCAGUCAACAUUAUUGUGCUUUCCCUUUAAAUGGAAAUAAACUUUGCAUAUGGAAUACCAACAGCCCUUUCAAUCAGCCAUUGCACUUGGAAGGACAUCAUCAGUCAAUUACUGCUGUGACAUUUGGAAACACAGUUAAUCCACUUUUUGUCUGUUCUGCAUCUUGUGACUAUGUAAUAGUUUGGAACUUAUUGGAAUGUGAAGAAAGAAUAUUAGAAGGGUUAACUCCUCAAGGAAAUGUCAUAGGAACACUUUUGGGAAUGGUGCUUUAUUUGAGAUUUAGUCCAGAUGACCGUAUUAUUGCUGUAUGUGCUGAAAAUGACAUAUUCAUGCUUGAUGCUAAGUCUGAAACUAUAUUAACUGAGCUGAAAGGUCACAUUGGUCCAGUUACUGCAGCUGAAUUUUGCACCUGGCAAAAAAAUGUAAUAAUAUCAGUGUCUGAAGACAGAAGCUUUAAGGUCUGGGAUCACUGUACUGGAUUAUUGUUAUACAAUUCAGCAGUAAUAACAGCCUAUCCUCUCCUAAGUUUGUUCAUUUAUGAAGAAAAGGAACAAUUUGUUACUGGGAAUUCUGAUGGCCAGGUUUGGAUCUUCAGUUUGAUCAGUGAGCAUCAUUAUCGAUGGGUAGCCCAAUUUGACCUACGGAAAAAACAAGAGGUUUUCUUCAAUAAAAGGAUCAAAUUAGCACAACGUAGCCAAAUAGAGAAUCGACUUUCCUAUUUAAGGGAGCUGAAAAAAGAACAAAAAGUAGAAACAACAUUUCCUAUAUUGAGAAUUGAACGCUGUGUUCAGUCAGUUAAUGAAAAAUGUGAAUUCUUCCCUGCUGCCGACACCAGAUGCUUGUGGAUAGGAAGCUCUACAGGUUUAUUCAUAAUUAACUUGGACAACUUGGAAUUAGAAUCUGUUUUACAUUUUAAAGAUUUCAGUAAUCUCAGCAUUAAAGUUGCUGGAUCAUGUGCAAUAAUGAACAAAGCUGUUAAUCAUAAGGUUUUCUGUUUGCUGAGCUCUCUGUUUGGAAAUCAAAUUGCUAUAUUGGAAAUUAAUCUUCUUGCACUCAUGCUAUCACAGCGUUAUGAUGUGGAAGAGACUCUUUCAGUUAUUGCCAGUUCCUGUCUUCUGUCAACUUCUCCACUACAUGCUACAACUUUCAAGAAGAAAAAUAUUAAUUUGGCUAGUCAAAAGAAGUCUGCUGUGAAGAGCACCAUAAAAGACCAACCAGUGGUUUUCCACAAUAAAGUUGUAUCAUCUGGUUAUGCAUCUGCACCACAAAGAACUAUGUUUUCACCAAAGACCAACAUAAAGACAAAUGGUGAAAGAUUCUCAGACUUGAAGAGUUAUUAUAAAUGUAAAGAUUAUCCCUUGGAGAGUCCACUACCAACCACGCUUAACAGGCAGCUAUCUAUAGCCAAUAAAGCAACUGCUAUUUAUUGCCUUCAGUAUUCAGGAGAUGGACUCUAUUUGGCUUGUGGUUUAGCUGACCAUUUAUUGCUAGUUUUCAAAUCCAGUCUUACUAGAGUACCGACUGUUUUUCAAGGUCAUAAUGCAGCAGUGACUUCAGUUGGCUGGAGUCAUGACAGGAAAUGGUUAGUUUCUGCUUCAGAAGACAGAACAUUGAGAAUUUGGUCUGUUAGGACUACAGAAUCUACAGUAUUUCUGGACAAGGACAUGUUAAGCAAACCUAUACGAGUCACACAAUUUUAUUAUAUGGAUGCUUUUAUAUUGCUAUCUUCUGGAUCUGAAUUUCACCUAUUAAAAUAUUAUAUCGACACACAAAAAGAUGAGCUCAAAAGAUAUAAACAAAAGAACAAAUCCAAAAUUGUCAAGACAUUUUCUAUGACAUCAACUGUAGAGAUUACCAGUCUUUCGGCCAUAAAUGAUUUCUAUUCUUAUAUUGUUCUCACAACUGGAAGUAACAAGGGAUUGGAAAUUUUUGAUCUUAAUGUAGAUUCCAGUGUAGCAGUGAUCCCAGAUAUUCAUUCAAGAUCAGCCCAUCAGAUCUGCCAAAAUAAAGGAUCAGCAUUUGCUGCACAACCAUUUGAGAAUUACAAUCUUUUCUUAACAACAGCAAUCGGUGAUGCAAUAAAACUGUGGGAUAUAAGGACAUUGAGGUGUGAACGCCGUUUUGAAGGACAUCUUAACCGCUGCCAUCCCUGUGCAAUUUCCAUCAGUCCUUGUGGCAGAUAUAUAGCCUGUGGAUCAGAGGACAAACAUGCAUACAUAUAUGAGAUGGGCUCAAGCACGUUUUCCCACAAAUUGGCGGGACACACAGAGACAGUUUUGAAUGUGGCUUUUAAUCCAUCAAAACCCCAGCUUGCCACAGCUACAUUGGAUGGUAAACUCCAGUUGUUUCUACCCAAAUGAUUGCUGACCUAUGGAAGAUCAAUCAACAUUUUUGGAAAGUAAUAAUUUGUUGAAAAAAAAAAGUUGUUCAUUCAUCAGAAGUAGGAAAAGAAGAAGAAGGUUCUUUUUCAAACUCCAGCCUCUUUUUCAGAUUUCCUUCCAUGUAGGUCAUAUAGCCUGUAUUUAUAAAUUUAAAGUUUUAGACUUGCCCAAUGCUCAAAAGUGAUUUUUCCUUCCUAGCUUGGAAAAAUAGAAGGAGUAAUACACACUGCAAUAGUCUGCAGGGGUAUCACUUGAUAAUAAUGGAAGCAGAAAUUUUCACACAAACAUAAUCCAAUGUUUAUUAUUAAACUAUGUGAAAGAGGAAAAAAAAACCCAAUAGCUUGUUUCUGAGACAGUGAUUAUCGUCAAAUGAAUUCUGUUAAAUAGUACAGAACCUUAAAGAAACUGACACCCUUCCAGGGACAACUGGGUGCUAUCUUGAAUGGAAUAGUAAAUUAUUGAGUUAUCUGAUGUUAUCUGAUGACUAAAGUACUCUUGUUAACGGAGUAGUGGGAAAAACGCUUUUAUUUAUAGACUGUGUCAUACAAACUUCAGGACGAUUUUCAGACUCCUGAACCAUUAUAAGUUGCCUAUGCAAUGAUCUUAAACUGGCCUGGAGAAUCGACUAGUUCCCAAAGCAGAGGUUCUGAUAAUAAUUUAUUGUUUUUGAAAUAAUUUGAAUUUCUUGUGGAGUUCCUGCUGAAUAAUGAAGUAUUGGAGAAACCUAGAUCUGAUCUCAUUUCUUGGAGUUCCCCUGGAUUAGGAAUAGGUUCUGCUAUAUAGAAAACCCUAGAUAAAACUGGCUGUAGGACAAUGUCCAGCAAACAUUGUAGUCUCACUGCUAACCAUGAUAGCAAAAAGCAACAUGUUACUACAAUACUUCCUAGGAAAUAAUUUACUAUUGACUUUUAAGUUUUGCAAAAUGCUGAAAUUAUUGUAUUAUUAUUGUCAUUUUACAGAUGCAGAAAUAGACAAAGUUUAAGUAACUUACCUAAGCCACUCAGGUAGUAAAUAUGUAAGAUAGGAUUCAAAUCCAGGUCUUCCUGAUACCAAAGCCAACACACA